CCAGAAAAAGAAAAAAGGAAUGAUUGGCAGUAGAAGUAGAACCUUUAUGCUUGGCAGAAAAAUUAGAUUUGGAUGAUACUACUAAUGUUUUGUGGUGCCUAUGAUUCCAAAUCUAGAAAUAGAAAAGCCCAAAUUCCCUGAACUCGCAUAUAUACAUUCACUUCAUUUUGCUCGCUCUACAGUCCCGGAGACCUAGGCCUCUCUUCUAGUAACUCGUACAUUAAAGAGCAGGCCACGGUCCAUUUAGAGGGAUGAUCAAGUGUACCGGACAUAUUUUGUCUACUUGUUUAACUCCUGUUCAUUCUGUUGUCCUGAAAAACCAUGGCAGAUUGUUCUCCAACUUAAAUUAUACCAAAUCAAGGAAAUUGCAUCACUACAAUCUGAAGUGCCAGUUUCACAAGGAGAGCACUAUGGUGGCCACCCGCUACCCUCCGCCGUGGUUCAGUAUUGCUCCAAUGAUGGACUUGACGGACAACCACUAUAGAACUUUGGCACGUAUCAUAUCCAAAAAAGCUUGGCUGUAUUCAGAAAUGAUUGCUGCAGAAACAAUUGUUUUUCAGAAGGGGAAUUUGGAUAGAUUCUUGGCAUUUGGUCCAGAGCAACAUCCUAUAGUGCUUCAAAUUGGGGGAAACGAUUUGGAAAACAUUGCUAAAGCAACUCAACUUGCAAAUCCUUAUGGCUAUGAUGAAAUCAAUUUCAACUGUGGUUGUCCAAGUCCAAAGGUUGCUGGAAAAGGCUGUUUUGGGGUGCGUUUAAUGCUUGAUCCAAAGUUUGUUGCUGAUGCCAUGACAGUAAUUGCUGCAAAUACAAAUGUUCCUGUUAGUGUCAAAUGCAGAAUUGGUGUCGAUGACCACGAUUCAUAUAAUGAACUCUGUGAUUUCAUAUAUAAGGUCUCAUCUCAAUCACCAACAAGGCAUUUCAUAAUACACUCCAGGAAGGCACUACUUAAUGGAAUCAGCCCCAGAGAAAAUAGAUCAAUUCCACCCUUAAAAUACGAGUUCUUCUAUGCUCUCCUGCGUGAUUUUCCUGAUUUGCGGUUCACCAUCAAUGGUGGCAUAAACACUAUUGAUGAGGUAAAUGAAGCUCUGAGAGAAGGAGCCCAUGGGGUUAUGGUUGGACGUGCAGCUUAUCACAAUCCAUGGAAUGUUUUGGGACAUGUUGAUAGUGCAGUAUACGGGGCACCUCUUAGCACUAUAACAAGGCGACAGGUACUUGAACAGUUCCAGGUUUAUGGAGAUUCAGUCUUGGAACAUCACGAACCUAGACCAAAUCUUCGCGAGAUUACAAAACCUUUGCUUGGUUUUUUCCAUUCAUCCCCCGGAAAUGGUUUGUGGAAGCGCAAAGUUGAUGCUGCUUUACACACCUGCCCGACAAUAAAAUCAUUGUUGGAGGAGACGCUGGAUGCCAUUCCAGAUGCAGUAUUGGAUUCACCGAUUACUGAAGCCCCUAUCGGUUUUCCAGAUGUUUUCUCAGCUGCCAAGAAGGUGCUUCCACCACCCUAUUUAGUUACAGAGGAAGAGCUCUUCUCGUAUGCCUAGUCCGCUUGCGUUUAACUGCACACAAUUUUUCUGUCACACACACUAGAAAGAUUAAGAAGAGAAAGAGAGAGCAGAUCAGACUGACUGUUAUCAGAGAAGUUGUUCACAUAUCACAUAUGUUUCCUUGUAGCAUUAGUUGCUUUGGUUUUCCGAAUAUCAUCCCUCAAUAUUGAUACUUGUUGACAUACAUUGAAAACAUACCGCCGAAUGCUAAUUUUUCUUUUUAUAUAUUUUAGUUUAUAAUCA